AUUAAGGUCAGUUAAACAUUUUUUUGUAGCUUUUUACUAAUAGCGUAGUUACUACUAAAAGGAAUGCGUGUCUAUCUCAUAUUUCAACUAUGCGCUUAUCAGACUUCUCAGGGUGGUUACCUGGCAUCUAGGUCAACGAGCUCAUUACGUUCUAGGCUGCUCCAUCCCUUAUUGUCUAGGGAAAAGGACAGUGUUAAAACACAGGAGUCUUGUGAGCACCAGAACUAAUGAGGUCUGGGUCCUUAUUAAUGAACUUUGUGAUAGACGAGAAGAAUGCUCUUACCCUCAGAGAGAGCUCCCAGGUGGUCCCCUGCUCAUCCCCCGUAAUGACAAAAAUUAGCUUACCAUCCCCAAGCUCCUUCUCUUCAACUGCUAGCUGCUUUAUCGCCAUACAUAGGCUGGCCAUUUCUUGCCACUUAACUGUCAGGGGUGUGAAAUGCCUUGCCCCUCAAAUGGAUAUCUGUACAGAUAGCUAUGAGAGGUAUGCGUAUCUUGCCAAGCAUGUAUUAUGUGGGGUGUACCUUAUUACUUUGAAGUCUGUAUCAAAUUUCACUAUAAUGGGGCUAACAGGCCGCUUGUUUCGAUACUUUCAAGCAGAAAAAUAGGGGAAAUGCAUUAACUUUAAGGGGGGGUGGGUUUGGAGAUUUGUGUUGGUUUGGGUUUUUUUUAAACCAGGCUAUUAGUUAACCAGGCAUCUGGCAGUAUAAACAUUUGGUAUGUGAACAGAAAAGUUUUGUCAAGUGGUAGGAUUGCUUGAAUUUGGUCACAUCACAGAACACAUUUGAUGUCACACAGGAAAUACCCAGUACUCAGGGUCUGAUGCGUCAUGUUACAGGAGAUGCUUGAAGGUUAGUUGUGUGACAAGUGCCCAAUGGGUCAGAUGAUGGACAAGGGCUUAGGAAUACAGCCUUUGCCUGACAUGAUGAGAAGCUGUAUGGCACACAGCCAUAUGUUAUGAAACAAAAGUAAGAAAUCCCAACUCUAAUGAGCUAUCCACUGGAGUUUGGUUCUUGGUAAUCCACACAAAAGACAGACUGUAACUGGAAUCUUGUGGGAGUAAGUGGAGCAAAUACUAGGAGGGUCAUUCCCCAGCUUUCCUGAACUCCAGACCUACACAACACAUGUGUGCACCCACUGUGUUUUCUACCCUUUUGUCAAUAACUUGAUCAAAUAUUUAUAAAUAUAACUAUUGAUUAAUUCAUUUGGCUUUCUAGAAGAAAAAUUAAAACAAUUAGCAUGAAAUAAUUAUAAAUGCUUGUUAGCCUUGUUUAACAUACCAAGUUUUCACCGAAUUGUUAAGAUAUUUUGGAGGGCUCUAAAAUCAUCAACAGAUCCAGUAAAGUGAUAAAUUAGUACCAAAAAUAUCAAAUAAAGCAGGGGUUGGCUAGAAGAGAGAGGAGAAUUGAAUUUUUUAGUAUAUAUAUUUUUUAUUUGAGUGGAGGGUAAAUUAGGCUAAGCCAUAGCACAGUAUUCAUUAGUAUCUCCCUUAAUGAUGGACAAAAACAGUAGAGGUACACUGCUGAAAUUUGCUUUUAAUAAAAAAUAAGGAGACACUGCUAUUACAGAUUAGGAUUAGGAUGCACUGGAUGACCUGCAAACUGGAGUAGUGAGACAGUCCUGGGAUCUUAACUGUAAUGCUGUACAAAAAAUUUGAUAUCAGUGAAAGAAAAAUGAGAUCAAUCUGGAGUGGAUGAAGAGAAAACUGCAAGAAAUAAUAGGAAAACAAAAAUUCAGUCUUAUAAAUGGACCUUAGAAAGUCUGACAAUUGUUCAUCUUAAUAAAAGUUGAGAGAGGAUAUCAACACUGGAUAAUUAUAAAAGUGACUAAAUAUACAAAGGAAAAUUAAGUCAAAUGACAAUUUUGACAGAAGAACAGAGAUAUGUAAGCAUUAAUAAAUUGAUUGUAUAAUUUAAAAGUUUGCAGUCUUGGCACUGACGUACUAGGAUGGUCUUUCUGUGGAAAUAGUGGCAAUACAAGAAAACUCGCUGAAACAUAGAUUGCUUUUAAUAAAGUGAUUAUAUGAUGUCUUUGCCUGAAAUAGCAGAGAUGGACUUGAUGACAUUUUUCUGUGUUUAUUGUUCAAAGAUGAAUAUUACUGAAAUUCGUAAUUUUACCAAUAAAAAGCAAGUUGUAGCUUGGAGCUUGCUAAAUAAAUCACACUUAAAAGGAGAAAAACAUCUACCAUCUAUUAUCAGUUCCAGAAUUUUGUGAAAAGGUUUAGAUUUCCUUUAGAAGAAGUGUUACUUUACAUGAUGCCAAAUAAACUUUGAAAUUCACUCACUUUUUUUAAAGUUCAUUCAAAUACAGGAAACUAAUUGUACUGAAACAACUCUGCUUAUGAAGAUUCAUCCUUUCAAGGAACAGGCUUUCAAGUUCACAAGAAAAGGGUAUUCUAUAGAAUUCUGACAUACAGAAAAGCUUUGAUUUAUGGAGUUGCAUUUAUGAGGCCAUACAUUAUCAGAAUAAAUGGUGGUCUUGUUCUUCUGUAUUUCCUAGUUCCUCAGGCUUAGAAUGGAAGGAGUGAAUACGUGAGAUUGUCUGGCCAUGGGAAGGAGAAGAUGCCUGCUCCAAGGGUGCCAAUGCUGGCAGCAAGAUCAAUGGAUCUCUUCUAUUCCAGGAGACAUGGAGGUCUAUUUGUGUUUGGAGCUACCUGACUAGAUAAAGUAUAGAUCAGUCUACUUAUGAAAGUACUUCCCAUGAAGAAGACGGCCUGAUGGCUUAGUUUACCUCUGAAUGAGUCAUGUUAUCAGAUAAGCCUUUUCAUGAAAUUAAAAAACAAAACCAGUAUUUUUCUGGUUUCUGGACUUCCUUGGAAUUUUUUGUCCCCUUCUUUGUCGAUUCAGGUGGGCCGUUAUCUCUUCCUAAUUUUAAUUGGAACUGUGGAAGCAAGAUCCUGCAAUAGAAAAACCUUCGAGUGUUUCCUUAAGCUUUAAAAUAGGCAAGCUUGAAAUUUGCAAUAAGGGCAGUUAAUGCAUCUGUAGCAGUAUAAAUACCUCUUUAAAUAGGUGUAAAUAAAAUAUACUCAUGUUUGAAGGGAGUUUUUUAUGUUGGCAAAGUGGAGUAAAAUAUUUUUAUUGUAAAAAAAUAGAGAAGGCCAACUUACCAUACAAACAAUACACUUCCGUAUAGGGAUUUUCACCAGAAAAACUUGUCUGCUGAAAGGGAGAUUGCACUGUCUUAAAUCUGUUCUGAAGCCAGCUAGUUUAUGCCACUGUAAAUGAAAUUCACUGUGUGCAGCAUAAACUUUAGGCAAACGUACAGCUUCCUAGCAAGCCUAGAGGUACAAGAUAAAAUCAGUACCAGUUGACUGAACACUCAAAGUUCUUCUGUCACCAAAGCAUCUUUAAAUGAGCCUGUUUCAGCCCUAGCAAUGAUUAGGCCAGGCUGUCAGUGUUUGUUUGUAUUCUGUUAUUUUGGUCUGGAGACCCUAAUGGGAAUUCACUUAGCAAACAGUAUAGUAGAUUGUAUCUCCCUUCCUCUAUAAACUGUAGAAGGACCAUUGGUCUGCUUUGAGUCUGGGGGUUUGUAGUAUGCAGAUGAGCCUUUUGGAAUCUAAAAAUAUGUAACAAAUUUUUCAUUUCCAUCUUCUUUUUACAUGAAACUGUAAGAGUUUGGGGUUUUUUUGAGGGUAGGCCUAGGAAUAGUCUUUCUCUUAAAUAACCAUUAAGAGCUUUAACACAUUCCUGGGUGUGCUUCCUGUGGACUUUAUUGAAGAAAUUCCUACAGGAACAGGUUGAAGAAACCAUGGCCAAUCAACGGGAUUACAUUAGCAGACCUAUUUGCAAUGGAAUUUCUGUUCCUGAAAAUAAAAUCAAUUCCUUAGUGGCUGAAGGUCAUGGACAGCAGAUUCUAAAAGUACUACAAAAGUUCAGAGAACAAAAUAUAUUUUUUGACUUUAAAAUUCUUGUGAAAGAUGAAAUAAUUCCUUGUCAUCGUUGUGUACUGGCAGCGUGCAGUGAUUUUUUCAGAGCCAUGUUUGAAGUUAAUAUGAAAGAACGAGAUGAUGGCAAUGUUACUAUUAGUAAUCUAUCACCCAAGGCAGUGAAAGCUUUUCUUGAUUAUGCUUACACAGGAAAAACAGAGAUAACAAAUGAUAAUGUGGAAAUGCUCUUCCAACUGUCGUCAUUUCUUCAGGUUUCACUCCUUUCCAAAGCUUGCAGUGACUUUCUAAUAAAAAGUAUCGAUCUUGUGAAUUGCUUACAGUUGCUUUCUCUAUCAGAAAGUUAUGGUUCCGUCCGCUUAUUUGAUCAUGCGCUAGAUUUUGUACAGCACCACUUUUCCUUGCUGCUGAGAUCAAGUGAUUUUUUGGAGAUGAAUUUUGAGAUAUUACAAAAAUGUCUCGAGGCUGACGAACUAAAUGUCCCCGAGGAAGAAUCAGUGUUGAAAGCUGUCCUUCAGUGGACCAAACACAACGUAGAAACACGACAGAAAUAUCUGCCUAAUUUGAUUAAAAAAGUGAGACUGCACCAGUUACCUGAAAAGACUUUGCAGGACUUUCUACAUUCUGAAGAACACCUACUUAAGAGUGCUGAUUGCUCAGUAAUAAUCAAUGAUGCGGUUAAAAGUGUGCAAAACUUUAGCGGACUGUUUCCAGAUGCACGUCCUUCAACAACAGAAAAAUACAUAUUUGUUCAUAAAACUGAUGAAGAUGGAGAAAACAGACAUACAUUCUGCUACAACAUCAAAACAGAUAAAUGGAAAGAACUACCACAUACGCACAUGAUUGAUCUUCCAGGGUCAAGCUUAUCUAGUUAUGGAGAAAAAAUAUUUAUAACUGGAGGAUGCAAAGGGAAUUGUUAUAGGACUGUCAGGCUUCAUAUUGCUGAACCAUUUCAUGAUGCCACUGACCAAACGUGGUGCUACUGCCCAGUCAGUAAUGAAUUCUCCAUAGUGUCAGCUAUGAAAAAACCAAGGACGAUGCACACAUCUGUUGUAACCUUAAAUCAGCUGUUUGUAAUAGGUGGAAAGACCAGGGGAGCUCAAGAAACUCGAAGCCUUUUGGAUGUAGAAUCCUAUAACCCUCUUUCCAAAGACUGGAAAUCUGUAAGCCAAUUACCAAGAGGUAUCUACUAUCCAGAAGCAAGCGCAUGUCAGAAUAUAAUUUAUGUCCUUGGCUCAGAAGUAGAGAUUACUGAUGCCUUCAAUCCGUCUCUUGACUGUUUCUUCAAGUAUAAUGCUAUGACUGAUCAGUGGUCUGAGCUUGUAGCAGAAUUUGGGCAGUUUUUCCAUGCAACUCUAAUCAAAGCUGUUCCAGUGAACUGUACAUUGUACAUAUGUGAUCUCUCCACCUACAAGGUCUACAGCUUUUGCCCAGAAACUUGUGUUUGGAAAGGGGAAGGAUCUUUUGAAUGCGCUGGCUUUAAUGCAGGAGCAGUUGGGACAGAAGACAAAAUUUACAUAUUAGGUGGUGAUUAUGCUCCAGAAGAAAUCACAGAUGAAGUUCAAGUCUACCACAGUAGUAGGUCUGAGUGGGAAGAAGUUUCACCAAUGCCAAGAGCCUUAACUGAGUUUUACUGUCAGGUCAUUCAGUUUAAUAAAUACAGGGACCCCUGGUCAUCUGUACUAACAAUUUGCUCUGGAGAAUUUUGAAACUCCUGAGUCAAAAGAAUCUAUUUAAAUGCACAAGUUUUAGAACAGAUUUUUAGGUAUUAAUUUACAGAUGGAAAAAUAUGUACUAUUUUAUUUAAAUCUUCAGUUUAAACUGUAUGCUAUAGAAUUGCUUUUGGAAGAGUCCAUUAAAUUGUCAUUCAUGCUACUCAUUAUAUAGAAAGUAUUAAUUUUAUAUGCAAGUCUUCUCUGUAAUUAUCUGAAUAAUUUGCAAAAUUAUAUUACUUCUCAAAAAAGCAUAGUCAUGAGGAAUUCAUUGUGUAAUAUGUGCCAUUAUUUCUGUAAUAUUCACAGUCGUCCCAGUAGACAAAUUGCUGAGUAAGAAAACUGACUGUGAUACUGUUUUCCCUAUGUAACUGAAGUUUAAAAGAAGUUUACAUUAGUGGUGUUUUAGUUAGGGUUUUUAUAUUCAUGAAUAUAUUCAUAUUCAGGAAUUCAUUGUCAGCUUUAUCUUAUCAGAAUGACCUUAGCAAGGUCAAGAGCCAAAGUGACCUUCACAGCAUUAAACCCAGGUAUCUAACUUGAAGAGACUGAUAAUUCCUGUCAUCUUACUUCAGCUCUUCGGUUUUACCACUUUUUCUCCAUCCUUGUGCCUUAGUAGUAGCUGUACUUUCUGUUUUCAUCUCACCAAGUGUGGCAAGAUAAACUUUGAUAACAUACUGCACAGUGAGCAAGAUUUCUACAGGAUGAAUGAUUCAUGUGGUAUCUUUGCGUCAGUCAUACUGUUAACUAAAGAAAAAACACUUCAGGAUAUUUUCUAACAGCAGUCUUCCACCUCUGAAGUCUCCAGUGCUACCUACUAAGCAGCCACUAAGCUGCUUACAGCAGCAAGCUGUAUAUAAACUUCAGUUAGUUGCUUUGGUUAACUAUGGGAAAAGUUUGUAUCUUGUCAUACAUCAAAUACAAAGUUAGUUACAAAAACAAAAAAAAUCCCCCUAUUUAAAGUCAAAGUAAAUAGUAUUUCUGAGGUGAAAGAAUGCCUUUUUUUUUUUUUUUUUUUUUUAAACUUCUAUAGUGGUUUAAAUGAAUUAAAAUAUUUUAUCUUGUACUCCAUGGCAAAUUUAAGUGUUAAAUUAAUACUUGGUAAACACUACACAAUAUAUUGCUUGAUAAACUUUCAGUACUUAUCUAUUAUAACGUUAAAAUCGUAAUGGACUUUUAGGAUUAAUACUAGUCUAGGCAUACAUUAUGAAGUAAGUUUGCAUACAGAGUGGGACCUAUGUCUGACAGGAGGACACUGAAAUUAGCUAAGUUUCUUCAAUUCAUCUGUAAUCUCCACAGCCUGAGAAUUUUGUUUCUUACCAGCUAUUUGAAUAAGAUAUCAGGAGCAAGUACUGUUUAAGCAGUAAGGUAAUCUUAUUCCAACAGAGUAGUUCUAAACAUCUAAGCAUAUCAUUUCCAAGCAGUUUAAAAAUGAACAAAAUCUAGUGAGGUAUCUAAAACAUCUUUCAUAUGGUUUGAGAUGACUGUGGUAAGUUCAUCAUCAUAUCACUACUGCAUGUACUUUUUGCAAAACUCUAGCUCAGUAUUAAUGCUUAAAGCUUAAUAUUGCCUAGCAAUAUACCUCUUUUAAACAGUAAACAAUGGAAAGUUCCAAUUCUGUGAUAGACUCUAUAAUUUGUUAUCAGAUACCUUUAUAAACUUAGAAAACUUUCACUAAGCAUUUUCAUAAGGAUGAAAAUGAAAACGAUGCACAUUUUGAGAACAUAUUAAUAGAGUGGAGUCCUCUCACUCAAUAAUUUAUUUGCAUUAAGAUGUCUGUCAGUUUUGUAGAAGUAAAUAGCUGCUUGUUACAGUAUUUCAGGCAACUUCCACAUUUAUUUUGCUCUUUUCGUAGUGAGUUUCCAAAUCAUAACUACAGUUAGCUAAGUAACCUUUACAAUCACCAUACUGAAAUGCAAGGUUUUUUUAUAUUGGAACAUGACUACUUUUUGUUAGUGCAAAGCAAAUGUAUUGAAUAGUUUAGGAGAGAUGGAGAAUACUAUUCCUGCUUGCUGAAACAGUAGGAAAAAAAUAGACCUAGGGGACAAUAGUUUUAGCAUUAAUAAAGCUACUCAAAGCAGCAGAGACUUCAUUACCAUUAAUUAUUGCGACAUGUCACUUCAUUGCAGUACAAAGCCCAAUUCUUCUUUGCUUAUGUUUUUGUGUUGUUUUUAGACCUGAGUAAUAGGAGAGUACAAUUUAUGCAACGAGUAACAUAUUAUGCCCAUAGCACAGGGGUAUAAAUAGCUAUGCAAAUUGGAAGAGGCAAGAGAAUUGUGAGGUUUUUUUAAUUGCCAUUAUCAUGACCAAAUUGCUGGGCCAUGUAAACAACAAAUCAGUCAGAAAUUCAGGUGAUCCUCUUUCCUCUAAGUUUUUCCUUAGAGCAAUUUUUUUUGGCAGUCUUCCGUCUACACUUGCUAUGUGUAGAAGCCUCUGGCACAUGACAUCAGGCAUAUUUAUGACAUGGUAAAUUACUCAGUAUAUAUAGUGAAAAAUAAAUGAAGCUUAAUUUGGAAAAUAGGCAUGGUUCUUUAAUAUCCUAUGCUACAUUUGCACAGGAACUAAUGUCAGUUCCCUAUCUGACAAAUCGUUCAUGGAUUUCAAAUAGAGUUGACCUCUCUUACUCAGUAAUCGGGAAAUAACGCUGUAGUGUCAGUCACUUUAUACCGUUGCUUACAGAAAAGUUACUGGGAAAUAGUACUAAUUUUCUUCAGUUACGUAGGUAAGCCUGUAUUACAACUCUCACAGAGGAAAAAAGGUCAUUUGCCACAAUUCCACAUACAGAGAGUUAAAUCUCAUAGCAGUACAGAGUGCAGAAGAAGCUGUGUCAGACAGUCAUGGUUAAAAACAAGCUUUAUGAUAGAAUUAAGGGCCUAUGUUCCAAAUUCUGUGCUUAAUUGCUAAUGAUGUGAGAAAUCUCAGCAAAGUCAACUACACUACUCAGAAGAAUAUGGAUUACUUGCAAUGAGUAACUGCUGUAAGUCUGGAUCAGAUAGAUUUUUCAGUCUAUGCAGCUGUUAUGCAGUUCAAAAAAUGUCACAAAAUUAGUGCAAAGCAAGUUCUACAUCUUUUCUGACUUUUCAAAGCUCACAUUAUUUUAUGAAAGGUAUCUUCCUCUAAAAAUAGUCCAGGACUAGGUUAAUGAUUACCUAUGUUCUCAAUGAAGUAUAGUUAGAUGUUUAAAACAUACAAAUUGCAUGCAAAGUUAUAAUCCACUAUUUGCACUUAAACAAUGUAACCAAAACAUUUCUAAUAGUAUUCUAUGUCACAGGACACAUUAUAAGCAUGACCAGUAUAAUAUACAUGAAGAUAAUAUAUAUUGUAUGUGGUAUUUUAAUAUCCGGUAAUGAUUAUAUUGGAUAAUCUUAAUUUUUAAAGAAUGCUAUGAAAAUCCUAUGGCACUUUGGUAAUGUUAUCACACUGGUUUAGUUGUUAUAAUAAAUAUCAAUUAUUCAGGUGUUUAUAUUGAUUAUGUUUGCACAGACCUGAUGAUUACUCUAUUAUUUAUGUACUAAUGAAUUUAUUUUCUAUAUUCUAAAUACAUCUGUAGUAGUAACUCAGUUUACUGCAGUUAAAAAUUCAUUAUAUUCACAAAAUGGAGUAGAUUUACUGGGUCAGGUUUAUUUCUGGUAUUACUCCAUGAAGAAAGCUGUAUACCUCCUCUGAUUAGUAGUAGAUAGUAGGUAAGGUAGAGGCUAUAGAAUGUGCUGUCUGCAAGUUCAUAAUGUGGAGCCUAAUUUUAGAUGUUUCUGUCUGUAGGUGACCAACAGGAGGCAGCAUAUGAUCUAUUUUAAUUAAAACAGGCUGAAACCAGGGAUGUAUUUGACUAUAGCUGAACAUUAUGCUCAAUUUACAUUUUUUCCCUUUUAACAUCCAAUAAAGCAUAGAGAUCAGUAACAUGUUGCUGCUGCCUGGGCUCUGCUGGUAUGUGGAAAGUACGAUGCUACAUGUUUGCCGAGAUGUUCAUUCUUUUGCGAAAUAAAAGCACUGAGCAACUGAA